AGCCGUUCAGGCAUCAUCAGCGAACGGGCUUCUAUCUCGUCGUGUUCUCUUGGGGAGAGGACGCAGAGAGAGAGAAAGAGAAAGAGAGAAAUAGAGAGAGAGAGAGAGGGGGCUAGAAAUAGGGAGGCAGGAUCGAGAUAAAGAGGAAGAGGAAGGGAAGAUUUUUUUCUGGCUGGCAGGAUCGGCGACAGGACGUGGAUAGAGGACGAAGGCGGAGAGGUGAUUCUGACGGUGGCGGAUUCGAUCUCUGUCCACUGUCAGGAUGGCGAGGUGGUUGCUAAUUGUUUCGCUGGCCUGUCUUCUGGUCCACCGGGCGAGAGGCGAGAUCCUAACGCCGCCUUACUUCAAUCUAGCCGAGGGCAAGGAGAUCGUCGCGUCGGCCACGUGCGGUGUGGACACCCCUGGCCCGGAGCUCUACUGCAAGCUCGUCGGCGCGAACGCUGACCAACAUGAGGACAUUAAUCUCAUACAGGGCCAGGUAUGCGAUGUCUGCGACCCGGAAAACCCGGAGAAGAUGCAUCCGCCGGAGCAUGCGGUCGACGGAAUGGAAACCUGGUGGCAAUCGCCGCCGCUUUCCAGGGGAAUGAAGUACAACGAGGUGAACCUGACGAUCUCCCUGGGACAGGAAUUCCACGUAGCGUACCUCUACCUGAAAAUGGGAAAUUCCCCGAGACCCGGACUCUGGGUGCUCGAGAAGUCGUCGGACUACGGGAAGACGUGGACGCCGUGGCAAUAUUUCUCCGACACCGCGAGCGACUGUCUGACUUACUUCGGCGUGGACAGCUACAAACCGAUCACGAGGGACGACAGCGUGAUCUGUACCACGGAGCACUCGCAGAUCGUGCCGCUGGAGGGCGGCGAGAUACCGAUUUCCAUUUUGAACAAUCGGCCGUCCGCCAAGCACUACUUCAACUCGACGGUGCUGCAGGAAUGGACGAGGGCCACGAACGUCCGCUUCCGAUUCCUCAGGACGAAGAAUCUGCUGGGCCAUCUGAUGUCCUUGGUCAGGGAGGAUCCCACGGUUACCAGGAGAUACUUCUACUCGAUCAAAGACAUCAGCAUCGGCGGCCGGUGCAUGUGCAACGGGCACGCGGACACGUGCGACGUGCUGGACCGGAAAUUGCCGAAGAAGCUCUUCUGCAGGUGCCAGCACAACACCUGCGGACCUCAGUGCGCGACUUGCUGCAAAGGUUUCGAGCAGAAGAAGUGGCGGCAGUCCACGACCGCGAAGAAGUUCACUUGCGAACCCUGCAACUGUUUCGGCCACACGGAUGAAUGCAAGUACGAUCCAGAAAUCGACGAGAACCACUUGUCCUUGGACAUCCACGGGAACUACGAGGGCGGAGGCGUGUGCCAGAACUGCCGACACAACACGGAAGGAAUCAACUGCGACCGCUGCCAACCGAACUUCUACAGACCCCUGGGCAAGCCACUGAACGCAACCGACGUUUGUCAACCUUGCAACUGUAAUAAUUUCAAUUUGACCGGGAAUUGCGCGGAUGAGACGGGCAAGUGCGAGUGUCGCAAAGAGUAUAAGGCACCGGACUGCGACAGUUGUAACCACCGGUACUACGGUUACCCGAACUGCGUGCCCUGUCAGUGCAACGAGAAUGGUACAGACGGUGAUUACUGCGAGGCGAUCGACGGCUCCUGUCCCUGCAAGUCCAACUAUGCCGGCCAUUACUGCAACUUGUGCGCGGAAGGCUACUACAAUUUCCCGGAUUGUUCCCCUUGCGACUGCAAUCCACUGGGGUCUUUGAACGACAUUUGCGAAGCGGUUUCCGGUAACUGUACCUGCAAGAACAACUAUGGCGGCCGAACUUGCGACAUCUGCGAAGACGGCUACUUCAACUAUCCCGUCUGCACCUAUUGCAACUGCGACACGCGUGGAACCAAGCCCGGGAUCUGCGACAAAACGAGUGGUAGCUGUCUUUGCAAUGAAGGAUACGGUGGUCCCAGAUGCGAUCAGUGCAUCAGCGGUUAUUACGGGUAUCCGAAUUGCAGGCCUUGCAAUUGCAGCACGAUAGGUUCGUCGUCCAUUAGCUGCGACGUCACAGGGAAAUGUUCUUGCCUCACGAAUUUCGCUGGGAAGACCUGCGAUCAGUGCAGUCCGGGGUACUACAUGUAUCCAGAGUGCAUAGCCUGCAACUGCGACAGUCAUGGUUCCAUCGGCGCCUCCUGCGACGGAGAAGGUAAAUGCCAGUGUCGCGAGAAUUUCGAUGGGGCCAGGUGCAGUCAGUGCAAGGAAGGCUUUUACAAUUUCCCCACCUGCGAGGGUUGCAACUGCGACCCAGCAGGUGUCGUCGAGACCUUCCAGGGGUGCGGUUCCGUACCGGCCGGUGAGCUUUGUCAAUGCAAGGAUCGCGUCGAGGGAAGGAUCUGUAACGAGUGCAAACCGCUCUAUUGGAACCUGCAACCUUACAAUCCACAGGGUUGCGAAGAUUGUCACUGCAACAUGCACGGCGUCAUUGGCAACAUCGGCGAAUGCGACACGAAGGACGGUCAAUGUAUCUGUAAACGAGGGGUCGCAGGAAGGAGUUGCGAUCAGUGCGUGGACGGCACGUACAAUCUUCAAGAGAGCAACUUCUUCGGCUGCUCGGACUGCGCCUGCGACAUCGGUGGAUCGGUGAACCCAAUUUGCGACAAGCAGACGGGUCAAUGUCAGUGCCAAGCCCGAGUCACCGGUCUAACUUGUAACGAGCCGCUGGCAACUCACUACUUCCCAACGCUUCACCAAUUUCAAUACGAAGUGGAAGACGGCAAAACGCCGAGUAACAGCGACGUCCGUUACGGUUUCACCGAGGACCAUUUCCCAGGCUUCAGCUGGAAGGGGUACGCGGUGUUCUCUGCUCUUCAGGACGAGAUCAUCCUGCCAGUGUACAUUCAGAAGUCCUCGCUUUAUCGAAUGGUCCUCAAGUACGUGAACCCGAAUAACGAGCCGAUCCUCGGUAGCAUCACGAUCACGCCGGAGAACCCGUUAGGAGUGGAGCAACAGUUCAAGGUGAUCUUCAAGCCAACCGUGAAACCCUCGUUCGUGACGGUCGCCGGUGCGCACGGUAACCAUCCGGAGCCGAUGGUGAUGGACCCAGGCCGGUGGUUCUUCAAGAUCGCUACCAAGAAGAGCCUCUUCCUCGAUUACUUCGUCCUCCUCCCGUCCGAAUACUACGAGGCGUCUAUUCUGACGCAGGACGUGAACAUUCCCUGCGAGGUCGGGUCCAAAGGACUCUGUCGUCAUUACGGUUAUCCGAUUCUCUCCAGGUUCGACUCCGUGCACGGAGCGGGUGGAUUCUUGAAUGAGAACAACGUCAGGAUCCCCUUGACCGAGUACUUCGUCGAGAAGGAUAUCCUCCGGGAAAUCGACAGGGACGAGGUGCCGUUGAUCAACGACAAACAGGAGGAGAUACAUUUCGACCUGAGGGUCUCGAAGCCUGGUCCCCACGUGUUACUGGUCACCUACGUCACGCCCAAGGAUGAACAAACCACGUCGACCCUACUGAUAGAGGCGAACACGGUCGGCAAGGGAAAAGCGACCCUGUACCCGUGCAAAUAUACAAGUAUCUGUAGACAAGUGGUCACGGACACCUACGGCCGGGUGGCUGUCAUGAAUUUCCCCUCGAAUUACAUCAGUUUGAUCUUGACCGGAGAGCCCACGUCCAAUGUAGCCAUCGACUCUGUCGUGGCUAUUCCCUAUUAUCAGUGGUCCCUGGAUUACGUGAUGCCCAAGUCGAUCUGCGUGAGGAAGGACGGAGUGUGCGUGAAGGGACAGUUCCCGGGAGCCGCGGACGCCAAGAAGAUCGAGUUCGAGAGCGCCACGAUGGUACCGGAAGCUGCGACCAAACCUUUCGGCAUCUACGACAACACCACGAAGCUGAUAUACCUGGACGACAAGAACACGAUGGUCGACAUCCACGCGAAAGUCUUCCAGCCAGGCGACUACACGUUCGUGGUGCAAUAUUACCAGCCGGACUAUCCGGAAUACGAGUUGGACGUGCUGGUGCAGAAUGGGAAGUUCUACGAGGCGAAGAUAUCCGUUCCUCAUUGUCCCAGCAACAGCGGCUGUCGAAGCGUCGUCAAGCAGGCCGACGGCAACGUCAGGUUCCAGCUGAUAGAGAACUUCGUGAUCACGUUCAAGGAGAAUGCCGGGAACGGGAUCUGGUUGGAUUACAUUCUGGUGAUUCCCAGCGAGCAGUACAACGAGAAGAUCCUGAAGAAGAUCCAGUUCGAUCAGACGAAGGAGUUCCUUAAGAAGUGCGGCUACAAUCACUUCCACGUGAACAAAACCGACGAAGGCUUCUGUCGCGACUCGAUAUUCUCGUUGACGACCAACUACAACAACCACGCGCUGCUUUGUAACUGCGACAUCAACGGCGCGACGAGUUUCGAGUGCGAGAAGUUCGGCGGACAGUGUUCCUGUAGGCCGAACAUCAUUGGCAGACGUUGCGAGAUCUGCAAGACCGGGUUCUACGGGUUCCCCAACUGCAGGCCGUGCAACUGUCCCAUUACGGCGCUCUGCGAACCGAAGACCGGCGCUUGCAUAUGUCCGGAGAGGGUCACCGGCGAGCGUUGCGACCAGUGCGAAGUAGGGACGUACGGGUACCAUCCGAUAAUCGGUUGCGAGGAAUGCAACUGCUCGCCUCUGGGCGUGAUCGACGGUGAUCUCCAGUGCGACCUGUCGAACGGCAGCUGCAGGUGCAAGGAGAACGUCGUGGACAGACAGUGCGACAAGUGUCGUGCCGGUUACUCGCAGUUCCCGCACUGCGAGCGGUGCGACUGCGACACCAGAGGCACCACCGCUGAAAUCUGCGACCAGUUCACGGCCGAGUGCUUGUGCAAGACGAACGUCCAAGGGUCCGCUUGCGACGUCUGCAAGGAAGGCACUUUCAACAUCCAGGAGAGCAACGAGGAAGGUUGCACCAAGUGUUUCUGCUUCGGGAAGACUACCAGAUGCGCCUCGGCGAGUCUCUACAGGUCCCAGAUGUCCGACAUAUCCGGCAAGUGGGGUCUCGCUGUGUCGGGCGAGAAAGGGAACGUGGAGUACUUGUUCUCCGAUCCGCAGGCGUUCAACGGGACUAGCAUAAAAACCAGUCUGACCGAGAACGACACUUUCGGACAGGUGGUCUACUUCUCUGCGCCCGAUACUUACUUGGGUGCCAAGCUGACCUCCUACGGAGGAUUCCUAAAUUACACGGUGCACUACAGCACCGGACCGUUCGGCAACGCGGUCAGCGCAGCGGAUGUGAUCCUGCAGAGCGAGGAUACCGUGCUCUAUUACUACGCUGACGAGCAACCGCCAUCGUUCACGUAUUUCCAGGCCUCGCUGGAGCUGGUCGAGACGAACUUCUUAACGCAGAAUAGACUGAGCGCGACCAGGGAGCAACUGAUGAUCGUCCUGGAGAAUCUUCAGGGGCUGCACAUCAGGGCUACGUAUUGGAGCCCGAGCAUCAUGGCCACUCUGUCUGACGUUACCCUGGACGUGACGACGGAGUUCUAUUCGAGUCAAUACAAUAUUCCAGCCAGCAGCGUGGAGGAGUGUCAAUGUCCACAGAAUUAUCAAGGCUUGUCCUGCGAGGAGUGUGCGCCUGGAUAUUACAGGGUCCAGCCUGGACCUCACGGAGGUUGCGUCCGAUGUGAAUGCAAUGGACACGCGGACACGUGUGACGUGAACACUGGGAUAUGUUUGGAUUGCAGAGACGGUACCACAGGGGACCACUGCGAGUUCUGCCAACAAGGCUACUACGGUAAUGCCACUGGUGGCACGCCAACGGAUUGCCUGAUCUGCGCCUGUCCUUUGCCCGUCCCGUCGAACAACUUUGCCACCGGUUGCGAGGUGAACGAGGAAGGCAAUAAGAUCAGCUGCGACUGCUUGGAAGGCUACUACGGCGCUCGUUGCGAAGUCUGCGCUUCCGGCUACUACGGUAAGCCAGAGGUGUACGAGGACUACUGCAAGCCGUGCGAGUGUUCAGGGAACAUCGACACCAAUCAAAUCGGAGCCUGCGACUCGAUGACCGGCGAGUGUCUGCAGUGUCUGAACAACACCUACGGCGAGGCCUGCAACCUCUGCAAGCCCGGUUUCUACGGUGACGCGAUCGAGAGAAAGGAUUGCCGCAGCUGUCUCUGCGAGAGAUGCGGAAUGGAGCACUGCGACAGCUCCACCGGCCAGUGCUUCUGUCGGGAGAACGUGAUCGGCGAGAAGUGCGACUAUUGCGCGCCCGACCACUACGGCUACGACAGCUGCGAGGGCUGCAAACCGUGCGACUGUGGGCUGGCGUCCGAAAGCAGUCAAUGCGACCUCGUCUCCGGGCAGUGCAAGUGCAAGCCGGGCGUCACCGGUCGCAAGUGCGACCAGUGCAUCCCUGGCUACUGGAAUUACGGGCCAGAGGGAUGCGCGUCCUGCGGAUGCAACACUGGGUACUCCGUUGGCGUCUCUUGCAAUACCACCACCGGACAGUGUACCUGUCUGCCGGGCGCGAUCGGGGAGAAAUGCGAUCACUGUCCUUACAGACACGUGUUAAUACCCAGCCAAGGUUGCUUCGCCUGCGACUCCUGCACAGGGGAUCUCUUGGACGUCACCGACGACUUGUCGACUCGACUGGAUCCCGUGAUCGGAAACUUCAACACGGUCGCGGAGAGUUACUUCACCAACCAACGAUUGAAGUUCAUCAACGAUACGGUGAACGAUCUUUAUCCGGAUGUGAAGCUCCUGGACCCCAGCAAGGUGAACUUCCUGCCGCUGCAGCAGGAGGUGAAAUGGCUCGAGUUGGAGGUGGCGAACCAGAAACGGGAAGGCGAAUUCAUGACGGAGGAUGCGGACAAGUGGAAGCUGGCCGCGCAGAACACGCUGGAGGACAUGAACCGCUUCGAGGCGGACCUGAUCAAGGAGAUAGAUCGCGUGACGUCCACGGUCGGUGAAGUGGAAUCGUUGGCCACGAACAUCGAGCUAGGCACCGGCGCGAAGGUGGACAGCGCACUGAAAGAGGCGCAGGAGAUCUUGAAGAAGAUCCAGGAGGUAUCGUUCGUGAGCUUCCGGGACCGCGCGACGGACCAGGCGGACAAGGCGAACAUUCUCGUGUCGGAGAUGCACGAUUACAAUGUGCCGGUCACCGAGCUGGCCGCUAUCGCUGAGACCAUGGGUAGUAAGAUCACGAACGUGACCGAUAAGUUUGACGACCUCCUCGAGAUCACCUGGAGGGCGCAGGAGCUGGUCAGCAUGGUGGACAGGCUGAACCAGGAGAACAGGAUCGCCGCGGAGACCGGCUACUUCGAUCGGGUGAAGAACGUGACCUCGGAAGCGAGCGAGGACAUCGCGGCCGGCAAGCAGUUGAACCAGGACGCCGCCGAGUCGUUGAACAUCGCGGAUCGGAACGUUGAAAUAUUGAUGAAGGGAGCGGCGGACGAUCCCACGGAGACGUUGAACGCUACCAUUUUGCAGAACGAUCAGAUGCUGGUGGACCUGCUAGCUCCGGUGAACCAAGCCUACAGCCACGCUCAGAAUCUUUACAACAGAUCCUUGGAUCUAGAUAGUCUGCUGACGGACACGAGGAACACGGACGCCGUUAAAGCUGUGUCCGCGUACAGGAACAUAGGAGUAGCCAUCGAGGCGGCACACGCAGCCACCAUGGAGGCCCUCGACGCCGUUAACAACGUGACCCAUCUGUUGGACGGCGUCGAGGAGCGUAUGCUGAACUCGAGGAACAAUUCUCUGCGGUUGCUGGAGUCGGCUACAGACAUCUCGGACAAAACCAAAGGGGAGGAGGACCUGGAAAAUGCGAGGAACAACGCGAACUACAUCUUCGAACAGAACAAACGGAACAAGGACCUCUUAGACAAUAUCGACAAAGUUCUAUCUAAUAUCCCGGCGCCGUCUUCGACCGUGGCCAAGAUGGCUAUGGAUCAAGUGAAGGACGUCGAAUGGAACAUCAAGGACGCCGUGAAUAACAUGAACGGUGUCGUGGACAAGAUACCGGAAGACCUCAAGGACACCAAACAACUGUCCAAGGAUAUUUCGGAGACGGUCCGAGACGUUUCCCAGGCGAUGAAGCAGCUGGACAUGGUUGACAAGCAUCUGCCUCAGAUAACGAGGAUGCUAAGCGAUCUGAACGGCAGCCAGAAGGCAAUGGAGGCGCAGGAGAACGAUAUACAGGCCAAGAUCGAGGCAGUGAAGAGCAAGAUCGCGAACGCGAGGGAACUGGCGGACCGGUACAAGAUCGGGCUGACGUUCUACAGGAACACCACUCUGGAGCUGAAGAAUCCCGAGAGUCUUCCUCUCCUGGCCACGUCCACCAAGGUGUCCAUGUACUUCCGCACGAACAGCACCAACGGUUUCCUGCUGUAUCUCGGCAACGAGGAGAAACAGCCCAGGACGAAGACCCACGACUUCAUGGCGUUGAUGAUAGAGAACGGUUACCCGGUGCUGAUCAUCGACCUCGGCUCCGGCCCGGAGAAGAUUAUCAACAAUAAAUACGUGUCGGACAACGUCUGGCGGCAGAUCAUCGUCGACAGGACCGGCAGGAACGUGCAGCUGAUCGUACGCGAGGAUAUCGGCGAAGGCAAGGACAAGGCGUACGAGAAAGGGUACGUGUUGCCCGGCUCGUACGCUAUAUUCAACGUAGACCAGGAGCACUCGAAGCUGUUCGUGGGCGGUUACCCGUCCUCGUUCAACAUGCAAGACGCCGUCACAGCGUCCUCGUUCGAGGGCGAGAUGGAGGAGCUCGUGAUCGGGGACAUACCGGUGUCCUUCUGGAACUUCAUCGACGGAGAGAACAACCAGAAACCGGCGGUCGAGAGGGACAAGCUGGUCAACUUCCAGCCGAGCACCGGGUACAGGUUCGAUAGGCACGGGUAUGCUAUCCUUAGCAAGAAGAACUUCCAGAUCUCACCCGACAGCAAGAAGUUCAGCAUCAAGCUGAACUUCAAGACGUUCACGGAGGACGGUCUGAUAUACCUGAUGGGCAAGGGCAAGCAGUUCUUGUCCAUCGAGAUGAGGGACGGCCACGUGCUCUACCAGUACGACCUCGGCGAGGGGGAGACCGCGCUUAAAUCCGCGAACAAGUACAACGACGGAAACUGGCACAACCUGGAAGCACUCAGGUUCGAGAAGAUGGGGGUCCUCAAGGUGGACGUGGUAGACAAGGUGAGCAGCAAAGCGGAAGGAAACAACAAGAAUCUCGUUUCCUCGGAUCACAUCUACUUCGGAGGGUAUCCGCCGAAGGCUAGGCACCCUUACGAUCCCGUGACCAACGACGGUUUCGAGGGUUGCAUCGACGAAGUCGUCAUCUUGGACACGGUGGUCGACCUGACGCGCAACAUUCAGGCGUUCGGAGUCAUUCCCGGUUGUCCAGUCAGGUUCGCCAGCAUAGUGUCCUUCGAAGAGAACGUACCGGGUUACGUGAAAUGGCCGAACAUAACUGUGCAGGACACCGUACUGCAAAUAAACCUGAAGUUCAAGACACUGGCGAACGACGGCUUGAUCUUCUACGUGAGCGACCCGGAAACCGGCGCGGUCAGCUUCCUGUCUCUGCUCGACGGGGUCUUGGUGUUCAACAGUCAGGGAGAAGCGCUAAGAACGAGCUCGUCCGGCAUCAAGUUCAAUGACAACGAGUGGCACGUGGUUACUGCCACUCAUUCGAAGGACUCGUUGAAACUAGACAUAGAUGACACUAAGAACUACAGUACCGACGUGGAACCGCCGGAGUUGAACAUACCUUUCGGUAGCUUGUACAUCGGCGGCUUGUCGGCUACGUUCGGCAUCCCUCCAACCGGCGAAAUGACGCCAUUCGUGGGCUGUAUCGGGGACACCACGCUGAACGGAGUCAUCAUCAAUUUCGCGAACACGACGGAGAGGCCACACGCUUUCUUAGGGAAAUGCAAAGGCGGAGACACGUCAGGUGCACCGCCAAUAGUCGAACCAGAGCCGGACGUGCUGCCUCCGUUGCUACCUACGGAAAGCACAGACGAUAAUGUUGAAGUGUCCACCCAAAUCAAUGUAAUCGAAGUAGAAGUGGAUAAGGAAACGGACGAAGAGGAGCCUAAUCUCGAGGGGCGUGGCCAGGAGACCACUACGACCACUGAACCCACAACUUCGACUCAGAGAACGACGCCAUUGUACGUGGACAAGUGUCGUCUGCCUUAUUAUUAUGAUUACUCGGCAGUUGAUCCCGACUUAGAGAAUUCCUGGAGAUUCGGCACCGCAAGAGGCAGCAGAUUGGAAUACAGAUCGUUGAACGGCAGGUACAGAGACGGCUAUGAUUUCCAGAUCGACCUGAAAACAGGGGCAGACGAAGGAAUCAUCUUCUACACUUUGGACUCGUACAAUCAGUACCUGAUCGCCGUGUACGUCAUGAAUGGAAAGAUACACUACAAAUUCAAUUGCGGAACGGGACCAGUGUUGCUGGUUAGCGAGCGGAAUGUGAACGACAAUGAACCGCACACCGUGAUGUUUAAGAGGCGAGGGAAAUACGGAGAACUGAUAGUGGACAAAGAGCCGAAGGUCGUAGGUUAUUCCGAAGGACCCUCGGACACCAUGAACCUGAGCCCGCCGUUCUACGUGGGUGGAAUCCAGCAGGACGCAACUGGCUUGAUAUACAACACGAUUGGUACAAACGAAACGUUCAACGGAUGUCUGGGCAAUUUCAUGGUGAACGAACAAUCGGUCGGUGAACCGAUAAACAAAGUGGGCGUAAUUCCAUGUUCGGAACAGAUUGAGCCAGGAUUGUUCUUCUUCCCUGGGAACGGCAGCAAUUUGUUUAGAGCAGUGGACAGAUUCACAGUUGGCAGAUCGGUCGACAUCGAAAUGAACAUCAAGCCACGUUCGAAUUCCGGCCAUUUAUUGUCCGUCCACGGUAAACGCGAUUACUUGGUCUUGGAGAUGAUCAACGGAACCGUGAAGUUCCUUGUGAAGACAGCGAGAGGCUCGAUAGAGACCUCCUUCGAGCCAAUGAAGUCGAACUCCUUGUGUGACGGUAACUGGCAUAAUAUUCGAGCUAUCAAAUCGAAGAAUUCCGUGCUGUUGUCGGUGGAUCAUAAAGCAGCACCACCAGGUAUCGGUGGUAAAAAUGUGGCAGGAGUUCUAUCCAAACACCCGAUCUACAUCGGCGGCCAUCCGAUGCUUGGGAAGAGGUUAAGGGGAAGUACCUCGCAGACACAAUAUGUGGGAUGUAUCGCAAACAUUCAUAUCAACCAGAAACCUAUAACUUUGGGUCCAGAACGCGCUUACGGAAAAGUUAUCGCUGGUGUGUGUCCAACGAUAUAAG